CAGACGUGGCAGCGGGAGCCCCGUCAGGAGGGCGAGAGCCUCGAGGACCACGUGGGGCGCGUCGUGGGCAAGGUCGCGCCGUCCAUGCUGCUCUCCACCUGCGCCGAGGCUCCUCUGCUUCUUCCUAGUUGGUCGCUCUUGGAACAUCGGCUUCGUGUCCUCCUUCGGCCACCACUUCGCCUUCGCCCUCGCCUUCGGCUUCCUCCUCCAGAUGACCUGCUUCGUGGCUCUCCUCGCCCUCGACGCCCGUAGGAUCGAGUCAAACACGUGGGACUUGUGUUGCAUCAUCCAAGGCGAGGCGUCAGCUGGGAGGGAAGAGUCGAGCGUUUGUUACGUCAUCUUUGAUCAGCUGAUUGCUCCUUUCAUUUUUAAGGACCUGAUACGCGUGGUCGUUCUGCUGCUGUUCGCGGGGGUGUUCUUCGCGUCCGUGUCCUUUACGAACAGACUCGAGAUCGGGAUGGAGAGGAAUGCGUCCGUGACUGAGGAUUCCUUCUUGCACAAGUUCUUCAAGCAACAAGACAGCUUCCUCGCCGUUGGUCCUCCUGUCUUCUUCACGAUGACUGAGGGCUUCAACUUCACUGACUUCGACGAGCAGAACUUGGUGUGUCAGUUCUCGGGUUGCAGAGAUGACUCAAUGUUGCAAGUGAUCUAUGCCUCGUCGAUGAAACCGGAGAUGACCUACCUGGCCACGAAAGCAACAUCCUGGAUUUCGACCUACUUUGCCUGGCUUCGAGAUUUUACGGGCGAAGGCUUUGUAAUUGCCGCUUGUUGCAGACUCGACAGCGAUGGCAACUUCAUCGACACCUCAGACGCGUUUUCCAUGGAAGCCGCAGCGACAUGCCUGCAGCCGGAUGACUUCACCUCGAGCCGCCCGCGCCCGGCCCUGUUCAUGAGGCACCUGGGCGACUUCCUCUCCGACAACCCCCACGGCACGAUGUGUCCCGCCGCCGGCCACGUCUCCUUCGGGGACGCCGUCGAGAUCCUCGAGGACCACGCAGGAUACCCCUACGUCGGCGCCACCUCCUUCAUGGCUUACAGCGCUCGCCUCGGGUCGUCGUGGGACCGCGUCAGCGCCCUCAGCUACGCGCAGAAGCUCGGCGAGAACUUCACGCGGUUCCUGCAGGAGAACAGCAAGUUCACGAAGGACGUCCGGGUGUUCCCCCACAGUUCCUUCUACGUGUACUACGAGCAGUACCUGACGAUGUGGGCUGACACGGGCGUGAGUCUGGGCGUGUCCGUGGCCUCCGUGUUCGGCGUCAUGCUCCUGCUGACCUUUGACCUGGCCUCCUCGCUCAUCGUCCUGGUCACCAUCGCCAUGAUCGUCGUCGACAUGAUGGGCAUGAUGUUCUGGUGGGGCAUCUCGCUCAACGCCGUCUCGCUCGUCAACCUCGUCAUGACGGCGGGCGUUUCCGUAGAGUUAUGCUGCCACAUCAGUUACUCCUUCGUCACUUCCCGUCAGUUCACCAAGCUGACUCGCGCUCAGGAAGCUCUGGCUACUGUGGGCUCUUCGGUAUUUUCCGGCAUCACCUUGACAAUGGCGUGCGGCAUCGCUGUUCUAGGAUACGCACAAUCGCAGCUUUUCAGGAUGAUUUGUCUCCCUAUGUUCUCCGGGAUGCUGGUCAUAGGAGCAUCCCAUGGACUCAUCUUCCUGCCCGUUCUCCUCUCUCUCUGUGGUCCCAAGAUGAACAGAGUGCUCGCCAAUGAAAAGCAAAUGACGAAACACAAGGAGAAGAGCAAGAAAGAUAAACGUGAAGAGAAAGCGACCGAGGACAGAGUCGUCACCAUAAAGACAGAAGGAAAAGACGAAAUUCCUGAGAACGCUGGAAAAGAUGGGGAGGAAGGUACAACACCUUAAAUGGGAGAGACAGUUUCCGAAUCUGUCUGCAAUAAGGAAAGAUGCAUGUUAAAAAAAUGGGUAUUUUUAUUGGCCUGUGCUCAUA